UGGCCGGGAUUCUCUGGUCCGAUCGGCACAAUGGACAACGAACAAUGACUGUUAAGCGGAAUUCGGUGGGCAGGUAGCGAUCACCGGCGGCGUCUAAGGUGCCACGUACCUGUUGGCACGACCAGAUUAUGGCCUUUUGGGCCAUAAAACAGGUACCGGCCGUCCGUCCGAGUGGGUGACAUUCCUGGAAAAACCGUGGAAAACACGCUGGAGCUCAAUGAAUAAGUGUAUAUCAAUUGCCAGCCUGGGCAGGGAAUACUUCAGUUGACGAGCUUCCGUCCAGACGAACAGAUCGACAUGCAGAUGCACAUGGAACUCUCCUAUGGCCGCGGCUACGAUCCAAUCGGGAGGCAACCACCGUCUCUUCCUCCUCCGUCGCAAAAGCACUGGUCCAGCAAUGGGCUCUCCGACGACUCUGCUUCCUGCUUUCGCCGGGGAUCCUACAUUGAACUGGCCAGCGGGACCAUGCGCCGCGUGGAGGACAUACGCACCGAGGACUUCAUCCAGUCGGCGCUGCGCAGUCAACUAUUUGAGCUACGAGAGGCGACAGUAGUGAGGAUAGACCGGAGUGGAUGCCCCAGCCUGGUGACCCUCACCUUCAGCUACGACACACACCACGCCAAGAUGGACUUGCAGGUGAAGCCGGGUCAUCCGAUGUUUGUUUACGGACAAGGUUGGGCCUCCUGCGAUCCACAGUUGUCGCUGCAGCUGUACGAGCUCAAGUGCCAGCAGCUGCAGGUGGGCGACAUCUGUUUGUCGCUGGUGCCACGCGAGCAGCCCGCCGCACCAUGUCCGCCUCCGCCGGCCCCGCCACCACCGUGUCCGCCUCCUACUCUGCCCACGUCCAUGGAAAUGCCAGUGCCUAUGGGUUCUCCGCCUACCGGAAGCUAUGGAUUUCCGCCGUUUAAACAUCCGUACGAGAUGUACGCCCAAAUGGCCAGUUUUGUGGCCGUCUACACCCAGCACAUGAUGGGAAAGCUAAACUAUUAGGCUACAAAUUUGAUGAUUCAGCUGACGUUUCAGGAAUAUAUUGAACGCUAUUCCUUGAGUACGCCACGCAUAUAAAAAUGUAAUCUAUGUACAAAAAUCACACUGCAUUUUGCUUAAUUUUCUGGAAUAAAGUUUAAAUUAGCUGUAAUUUCAA